AUGGAUGAAACUGGGUUAAACUUCAAACUUUUACCUCGAAAAACAUUGGCUACGGCGAAAGAAAAGUCUGCUCCUGGCUUUAAAGUAAGCAAGGAAAGAAUCACAGUGGCUCUUUGUUCCAAUGCUUCAGGCACCCACAAACUACCUCUGUUUGUCAUCGGUAAGUCAGCAAAACCCAGGGCAUUUAAAACCUUGGACAUGUCAAAGCUACCAGUGUACUACCGCUCACAGAAAUCGGCUUGGAUGGAUUCUCAUUUAUUCAAAGAGUGGUUUAUUUGUGAGUUCGUGCCUAAAGUAAAAAGUCAUUUGUUGAGUUUGAAACUUCCUGUAAGCGCACUUCUUCUUCUCGACAAUGCGCCUACCCACCCGGAUGAACUGACAUGUGAGGGUGAGACUGGAAUAAAACUGUAUUUUCUGCCCCUCAAUGUGACAAGUCUCCAACAGCCAAUGGAUCAGGGUGUCAUUGAAUGUGUUAAAAGGAAAUACCGGAGAAAGCUCCUUUCAGAAGUUCUAUUCAAGCUAGAAAACGAUGAACAAACAGACCUAAUCCAAGUGUUAAAAACAAUCAACGUGAAGGACGUCAUUUUUAUGGUGGCUAAGGCGUAUGAUGAAGUAACAGCCUUGACAAUAACAAAGUCAUGGAGAAAAGUCUGGCCAGACAUUGAAAAAGCCUUUGAAAAGGACGGAAAUAAUCUUGUUGUACCCGACCUUGAACAUGAAACAGAGGAACGGGUAGAAAUCCUAAGUGACUUAAUGCUACUGCCUCACACUGAAGACAUUGUGGAACAAGAUGUUUUGGAGUGGUUGACCGCUGAAAAGGAGCUCGAUAAUGAAGUUUUGAAUGAUGAAGAAAUAGCUCAUUCGGUUUAA